CCGCUCCUCCUUCGCUGGGUUGCGCGGCUCAUGCCUUCCUGUUGGUCCGAGCUGGGAGAAGUUCACUCUGAUCAGCUGAUUCCAACUGACAACAAGAGAGGAGGAAGCCUGGGAGGCAGCCGAGGAGGAGGGGGCGGAGAUGUUGCUGAGGAUGGAUCCGUCGGGGCCCUAGAGCAGCCUGGGUCCCGUCGGCAGCCCGCGUCCCCCGCAUCGCCUUGCGGCGGCCAAGCUACUCCGGGUACACUUCUGCUUUUUUCCAGAUGAGUGAAAUCCUCUUCCCCUGUUCUAGGGAGCCUUUGAAAUACUGGCUCAUGUAUAUCCGAACAGCUCCUUACCACCUUAUUUCAUCACUACGACUUUGUGGCCGAGGCCCAACUGAUGAGCCUACCUUUGUGAACCCAGCAGACCUCUCAACCUGUAUCAAAGACUCUGUCGAGCUCAUUUUGACCUCAACUUUCUCUGCACUUGUCAGAGGAUGAAACCUUCAGACUCAAUCCACAUUGCUGCUGAGACUAGAGACUUGGAGGCAGAGCCUUAAAAGUUUAAGCAUUUGUGAGUGUGCAGAAAUUCUUAGCCAGACAGGUUUUCUUUUUUUAAAGUGUUCAGAACCCUGUGGAAGCACUAGCCACCUUCAGACUCAAAGCCGUGGUCUUCCUUCAUUCCUGGGAAAAAUACAGGAGUGAGUGUUCCAGGGUGGGUGGUUUUUAGACGAGUCUAAGUUAUGAGUGCCCAGACUUCCCCAGCAGAGAAAGGCCUGAAUCCGGGGCUCAUGUGCCAGGAGAGUUACGCCUGCAGCGGGUCUGACGAAGCCGUCUUCGAAUGUGAUGAGUGCUGCAGUUUGCAGUGUCUCCGCUGUGAGGAGGAGCUGCAUAGGCAGGAGCGUCUCCGAAGCCAUGAGCGGAUAAGACUCAAAGCUGGCCACGUCCCUUACUGUGACCUCUGCAAGGGCCCCAACGGGCAUUCUCCAGGUGUUAGGCAAAGGGCAGCCGUGAGGUGCCAGACCUGCAAAAUCAAUCUGUGCCUGGAGUGCCAGAAGAGGACUCAUUCAGGAGGCAACAAGAGGAGACACCCCAUCACUGUGUACCAUGUCAGUAAGGUCCAGGAAUCCCUGGAGGGGGAAGAGAUGGAUGAGGAGACCAAGAGGAAGAAGAUGACAGAGAGGGUUGUGAGCUUCCUCCUGGUAGAUGAAAAUGAAGAGAUUCAGGUAACAAAUGAAGAGGACUUUAUUAGGAAAUUGGACUGUAAGCCUGAUCAGCAUCUCAAGGUGGUUUCCAUUUUUGGAAAUACUGGUGAUGGAAAGUCCCAUACCCUCAACCACACUUUCUUCUAUGGCCGAGAAGUCUUCAAAACCUCCCCUGCUCAGGAGUCCUGCACAGUGGGAGUGUGGGCAGCCUAUGACCCAGUCUAUAAAGUAGCAGUGAUAGACACAGAAGGACUCUUGGGGGCCACCGUGAAUCUAAGCCAGAGAACACGGCUGCUGCUGAAGGUCCUGGCCAUCUCAGACCUGGUCAUCUAUCGAACUCAUGCAGACCGCCUACAUAAUGACCUCUUCAAAUUCCUUGGGGAUGCCUCGGAAGCUUACCUGAAGCACUUUACCAAGGAACUCAAGGCCACCACAGCACGCUGUGGCCUGGAUGUCCCCUUAUCCACCCUGGGCCCUGCAGUUAUUAUUUUCCAUGAGACUGUGCACACGCAACUUCUGGGUUCUGAUCACCCCUCAGAGGCACCCGAGAAGCUCAUCCAGGACCGGUUCAGGAAGUUGGGCCGCUUCCCCGAAGCCUUUAGCUCCAUUCAUUACAAGGGGACGAGGACAUACAAUCCCCCUACAGACUUCUCUGGGCUUCGGCGCGCUUUGGAGCAGCUGCUAGAGAACAAUACCACCAGGUCUCCCCGGCACCCAGGGGUCAUCUUCAAAGCCCUGAAGGCACUGAGCGACCGCUUCAGCGGUGAAAUCCCGGAUGACCAGAUGGCGUACAGUUCGUUUUUUCCAGAUGAGUACUUCACCUGCUCCUCGCUCUGCCUCAGCUGUGGGGUUGGGUGUAAGAACAGCAUGAACCAUGGCAAGGAAGGGGUGCCUCAUGAAGCCAAGAGCCGCUGUAGGUACUCACACCAGUGUGACAACCGAGUUUACACUUGCAAGGCCUGCUAUGAGAGAGGCAAGGAAGUCAGCGUGGUGCCCAAAACAUCUGCCUCCACUGACUCUCCCUGGAUGGGGCUUGCGAAAUAUGCCUGGUCUGGGUAUGUGAUCGAAUGUCCGAACUGCGGUGUGGUCUAUCGGAGCCGGCAGUACUGGUUUGGGAACCAAGAUCCUGUGGAUACGGUGGUGCGGACCGAGAUUGUACACGUGUGGCCUGGAACCGAUGCAUUUCUGAAGGACAACAACAAUGCUGCCCAGCGUCUGUUGGAUGGGAUGAACUUUAUGGCUCAGUCAGUGUCCGAGCUUAGCCUUGGACCCACUAAGGCAGUGACUUCUUGGCUAACGGACCAGAUCGCCCCUGCCUACUGGAGGCCCAACUCCCAGAUCCUGAGCUGCAACCAGUGUGCAACAUCCUUCAAAGACAACGACACCAAGCAUCACUGCCGGGCCUGUGGUGAGGGUUUCUGUGAUAGCUGCUCAUCCAAGACGCGGCCAGUGCCUGAGCGGGGCUGGGGACCUGCACCCGUCCGGGUGUGCGACAGCUGCUAUGACGCAAGGAACGUCCAGUUAGAUGUGGCUGAGGCGCAGGCAGAUGAGGAAGGCGGAACGCUGAUUGCCCGGAAGGUGGGCGAGGCUGUGCAGAAUACCUUGGGAGCCGUGGUGACUGCUAUUGACAUACCAUUAGGCCUGGUGAAAGAUGCGGCCAGGCCGGCCUACUGGGUGCCCGACCAUGAGAUCCUGCACUGUCACAACUGUCGGAAAGAGUUCAGCGUCAAGCUCUCCAAGCACCACUGCCGAGCCUGCGGACAGGGCUUCUGUGAUGAGUGCUCCCACGACCGGAGGGCUGUCCCCUCUCGGGGCUGGGACCAUCCAGUCCGAGUCUGCUUCAACUGCAAUAAAAAGCCCGGUGACCUUUAACCCCAGCUCCCUCUCCGACUCCUUCACAAUUCCUUAGGUUCUCAGGGUUAGAAACAGAAGUCUCACUGAGGUAGGCCCUUCUGGCACCUGGUGGGUGGGUGUGCCCUUCUUUUACAUCCCUGGGCCACUUUCUCUCAGUGCAGGUGAGCCUGGCUGUGGACCGGAAGGCAUGAAUCACCUCAGGGCAGAGGACCGAGCAGCUCUCAGUAAGGGGGAAUGGACCCGAGUCCACUGCAUUUAUUUCAGUUAAAAAUAAUAAAUCUAUCUACCUAUAUCUCCAUAUAUCCAUAUAGAGGGGAUUUGGAGUGACCAAGGCCGCUUCUGCUUUGAAGACUUAGCACGGUGUGUCCCCAGCACAGGGGUCAGGUGGCCUUGGGAGUCAGUCUUCCUCAUGAAGCCAGCCAGGUCGAGUCACCUUUGUGGCUUCUCCCCGAGCUGGGCAGAGUGUUUCCUGCCUUCCCUCUCCUGCUCCCAGGCUGUGAGGAUGGGUGCCUGGGUUUCAACCUCCUCUUGCCUGAAGCAGCCUGGAGGGGUUCCACUAGGCUUUCCCAGCGUGAGUUCUGGUCCUUGGUUCCAGCCUGUUCUAGGCAGAGAUCAUCCAGCUUGGUGUGUAGAGGGUCAGAGGAGUAGGGCCUUGAGACAUAAAAGUCAAAAUGCAGGUGCUUGUGGCCACUGCAGUUGGGGUGUCCAGGAGGAAGUAGGUCCCUCUAGCAGGAUGUCUGCUCCUUGAUGCUUCUGUCUCCAAGAGGCCAUCUUAGAAGGCCACACCCUGCACCUGAGUCAGCCCAACACCUCCCCCUUAGCCCCUGGAGUCCCAACCUGCUUCUGAGUGUCACACUAGAAUUUUUAUUACUCCAAGUGUCUUAUUCUUUGUUUCCAGACAUACAACCCCUCUGUCUAUUAGAGGGAGGAAGGGGGUCAUGAGAAACCUUCCAGGGAAACAGCACAGAAUGGACAGUUGGUUGUGUGUUUUUUAAAUAUAUAUAUAAAUAUAUAUAUAUAUAUAAAUAUUUCAACAGAUCAUAAGGAAAAAAUUCUCUUUAGUUCUUGCAAGAGAAACCAAAUGAACCAGUGUUUCUCAACAAGAGCUUGGACAUACCGAUCAUGACUGGAAAGACUGUUUUGCUGAACUCCCGUCGGGGUGGAGUUUAUCUUCAGUGGCCAAAAAAGAAGAAGUAAAGCAACAUCGUUAUGGAUUGAACUGAUGAGUGGGUGGAGCCUUGGGGAGGUCUGUGGGCAGUCAUUUUUGGGCUGUGUAUCUGCGUGACCUGUUCCUCUCUGCCUCCCGAGGCCCUCCUCUAGAGCUGUGUCAUCCACUCACCACCAUAAAGGAAUCUUCCUGCUGA